AUACUAGAUACUAAUUGUACAAAGCGUGUUUGCAGCAAAACAUAAAUACAACUUCAUGGUUCACUAUCAAGACUUAGUCCAAAUAAUUCUGACUGGUGUUGCCUGGAAGGAUGUCUAAUGCACCGCCUUCAUAUCAAGAAACUGUAGGUGCUGGAUACACAAAUUACGGAGCUCAGCAGUCAGGUUUUGACCCAAGUAAGGCCCCCGGGUACCAGGGCGGUUAUGACCCUAGCAAGGCCCAAGGAUACCAGGGUGGUUAUCAGGGAGGAUACCAGCAAGUUUCCAGCUAUCAACAGUCAGUCCUUGUGCAACCACAGCCUCAGAUAAUUGUGGUUGGGGGAUGUCCUGCCUGCAGGGUAGGAGUAUUAGAGGAUGACUACACAUGUCUAGGUGUUUGUUGUGCCAUCUUGUUUUUUCCCAUCGGAAUUCUCUGCUGCCUCGCCAUGAAGGAACGACGAUGCCCCAACUGUGACGCUAGGUUUCCGUAAAACAUUUAGUUUUCUGAUACUUAUACUAAUAGGGUUAACAACCUUUACCUGUUCGUUAUUGGCUGAUGUGCAGGGGGAAGAUAACUCUGUGAAACUGAAUUUUCUCGCUAGAAUCUAGCGCUGGCUGACAGAUUCUCUUUCAUUCGGUUCUUGUUUUGGACCCAUUGAUAUAAAGUUUUGAAUUAAUGACUUUUAUCUCGAUAAUGGUUGUUUUUUUUAUCACAUAAUUUUUUAGAGUUUUUAGUGUUCAAAAUUAUAUUUUGUCAAAUAACAUUUAUUUGGUAAUUUAGCCGUUGAUUUUGUUUGAGUAAAUCAGUAGAAUUAAACAAAGGCUAGGUCUGUAGACUUAAAAAAUCAAACACAUAGCUUGUUAAAGGGUUUUUGGUACAUGUAUGCAUUUACCAAAUAAAUGGGUCGAAUGUCAACAACACUCCAGGCCCAUAGAGUUUAAUUGAGAGGAACAUUGUAGAAUGUACAUGUCUUGCAAAAUCAGAAUAACAGACAUUUCUGCAUAAACAUAAUCAACAAAAUUAAUUAGUUAACCAGAUUCUUUUUCAUAAUAAAGAAAGUAUUGACUUUUUUCAUGAACAUAAGUGUAAUAAUUGCUUCAUUAAAAACUGGCUCAUUUUGUGUUGUUUUUGAUGGACAUUUCAUGAAUACUGAAAUAAUUCCAUUGUACCCUGUCAUACAUGUGUCUGACUGUAGAUAUGUGACUGUGAACAGAGUCAAUAUAUGUUUCACAAAAUUCCAAAAUGAAGGUUUUACUUGUUGUUGUUUUUUUCAUUAUUAUAUAUAUUUAAGUGUGUGUUAAUUUGUUAAAAGCUGGCUUUAAGGACUAACAUCUAAUUGAAAAAUUAUUUAUGAAUGUUUUUUUUUAUAAAUCCACUGUUUUGAAAAUAAACAACUUCAGGGAAUAAUUUGAAUCAGUAAUUUUUAUUACUUUGUUGUUAGAAAGGCUGGUUUUGAACUCAUUUAUGCUGAGUCAUUUUGCAGACAUGCUGGACAUUUUAUUAUUUAUAUUUUUUCUUUCCUAUGGUAUAUGGGUACUUUUCUCUUUACUGUAUACAUAUUAAAUGUUAUGCAAGUGAAAUUCUUCAUGUUUUCAUGAACAUUUUCUAGUACCAACUACAUUUUAGUUAUAAUUGAAAUAUUGGAUCUUUUUACAUGGAAUGCAAUUUCAUGUGUCACUGAAUGGAUCAUACAAAACCAGAUUUCUUUAUAGUAUUUGUGUAAAAUCAUACAAGAAAAAACACAACUCAAGUGUUUAAAAUUGAUGAACAUACUGGUAAUAAAAGCAAGAUUACGUUCCCUCGUGUCCUAUAUAUUGUUACAAUCUUGACUUACUGCUACCCAUGUUUAUAUAUAUAUAUUUGAAUAUUAUUUUGAAUAUGUCUCCACAUAUUUUACAGUGUUACACAAAUGCCCUAUAUUAUUUUGGUAUCAUUAUUUUAUGGAUUUUAUAAGCAAUAAAGAAAAAUCCAAAAUGGUCAUUAUGUGUCUAAUUAUACCCCCACAAACGAAGUUUGAGGGGGUAUAUAGGAGUGAGCUUGUCGGUCGGUCGGUCGGUCUGUCGGUCGGUCUGUCUGUCGGUUUUCAUGGUUUCCGGACGAUAACUCAUGAAAGGCUAGACAGAUUUGAAAAAAAUUUGGUACACAGGUGUAACAUCAGAAGAUACAGGUCAAGUUCGAUAUUGGGGCUGGUGGGGCCAAGGUCAAGGUCACUGUUACUAUAAAUAGAAAAACGGUUUCCGUACGAUAACUCAUGAAAGGCUUGACAGAUUUGAAAAUUUUUUGGUACACAGGUGUAACAUCAGAAAAUACAAGUCAAGUUCGAUAUUGAGGCUGGUGGGGCCAAGGUCAAGGUCACUGUUACUAAAAAUAGAAAAACGGUUUCCGGACGAUAACUCAUGAAAGGCUAGACCGAUUUGAACAAUUUUUGGUACACAGGUGUAACAUCAGAAGAUACAGAUCAAGUUAGUGAUCUUGUCGGUCGGUCGGUCGGUCGGUCGGUCGGUCUGUCGGUCGGUUUUCAUGGUUUCCGGAUGAUAACUCGUGAAAGGCUAGACAGAUUUAAAAAAAAAUUGGUACACAGGUGUAACAUCAGAAGAUACAGUUCAAGUUCGAUAUUGGGGCUGGUGGGCCAAGGUCAAGGUCACUGUUACUAAAAAUAGAAAAACGGUUUCCGGACGAUAACUCAUGAAAGGCUUGACAGAUUGGAAAUUUUUUAAAUACACAGGUGUAACAUCAGAAGAUACUGGUCAAGUUCGAUAUUGGGGCUGGUGGGGCCAAGGUCAAGGUCACUGUUACUAAAAAAAGAAAAACGGUUUCCGGACGAUAACUCAUGAAAGGCUAAACGGAUUUGAACAAUUUUUGGUACACAGGUGUAACAUCAGAAGAUACAGAUCAAUGUCGAUAUAGGGGCUGGUGGGGUCAAGGUCACUGUUACUGAAAAUAGAAAAAUGGUUUUUGGAAGAUAACUCAUGAAAGGCUUGACAGAUUUGAACAUUUUUUGGCAGUAACCUUGGAGUUAUGGCCUCUCUUCAAAGGAAUGGUUUGCCAUUCCUGUGUCCAGGCGGCAUUUGGGGGUAUUCGUCACUCCUGUGACAGCUCUAGUUUCAGUUAAAAGAAGAAAAACAAGUUUAAAGUACAAUCACUUUAUCAGGGAUGAUAAAGUUCAGGAUUAAUCCUGAAAUCAGGAUUGAAAGCUUUCGGUUUCAGACUAUCAUACAGUUGUAUUUAGUUUGUUUUUGAUGGACACUUGCACUAAAAACAGUAAGAAGUAUGCUUAAAAUGGAUAUAAAUGGCUUUGAAAACCUUUCAAAAGGGGUCUAAGCCCUUUAACACUUUUUAUGGCCCGAAUCCCUCAUAUUCAAACUAAUUUUUCAAGAUUGGAGUUUUUGGUCAGUUAUCAUCCCUGUUUAUGUGUAAUGUUUUUUGGUCAUUUUUUUACAUAUUGUUUAUUAGCAAGCAUUACCUUUUCAAAUGGUACCAAAAUUAUAUGGAUUCACCUCACAAUUUAACAUUAUGGUAAAUGUGGGUAUAAUGUGACUUGCUUAUUUGGGGUUGGGAUUGCUACAAGUAUAAAAACAUUGUACAUGUAUCUUAUAUCAUACUGAAUUAUUAUAAUUAUGUUCAUAAUGAUAACCAUUUACUGAUCUUAUUUUGUUUAUCUGAGAAAAACGAAUAUCAAGAAUUUGUUUUUGUAUGGGGGGACACUAUCUGUAUGUAUUUGCUGAUUUUUCUAUGUUUUUUAAGCAAUUAAGAGUAAAAAUAAUCAUUUUUUGUUAAACUUCCCUUUUGUUAUUCAUACCCAUUCCAAGACUUGAUCUUUUUUUGUAAUUUCUGCAUCCAUGAACAACUUAAAAUUUCCAUUAUUUGAAACACUCUUUGGCAAAUUUCAUACAACUGAAAAGAGAAAAAAGGUUUUUAAGAAAUAUUCACUAAACAUUUCAUAGAUAUACAUAGGUUAAUGGCAUUUAACACAAAUCUACAUUGUUUAAAUCCUUAUAAUCAUCAAUGUUUCCAAAAAGUAAAGAAAUAUCACUAAAACUAUUAACUUGUCAUGUAUAACACGAACUAUUGAUGGCUAUUAUGGGUUUACACUGGUAUGCAACUCAUAAGUUAUAUACAUGGCCAUGAGCAGUUUUUUUUAUUAAAUGUAUGGUUCCCUCCCUUGCAUCAACAAAAUAAUUUCCCAAAAUAUGUGUUUUGAUAUAAUGCAUGUAUAUACAAAAUAUUUUCUUGAUACACUUGGAGAAAGGUGCUGAAUUUGAGAAAAAUAAAUUUCAUAUGUAUAUUUUAAAGUUAAUUAACUUAAAAUCAUAUUUCAGAUUUAAAAAAUUCAACAAGUUAUUCCAAAAAGAUUAGAUUUUAAAAUAUUGGAUCAAAUGCAGAAAAUUUAUUGAACUUAUGUACCAAAAAAAUGUGAUUAUUUAGAUCAUUUUUUAUUUUUACAAUAGGCAAAUGUAUAUGGAUAAUGUUCGUGGUUCUUGAAACCUUAUAUGCUGUGAUAGGUGAAGAGUUGUUAGGAUAUGAGAUUUUAUUGACUGGUUCGUACAUUUUAUAUUCAUUGUUGUAGAUAUUUGCCAAAUAAAUCAUCAUGCUAUA